ACUUACUCUGGUAUUUUUUUCAGAACUGAGUUUUUCAGACAAUAACACAGCGCCACCAAUAGUUAUGAUACAGUUACUAGUCGGGAGUCUGAUUUUCGUAACGAGACGAAAAGGUACAUGUACAGACGUACAGUACUUGUACAUGUUAUGCAGGUGCAUACGUCAAUGAGUACUAUAUUAACCAUGGCGUCAAUGUUUAAGAACCUAAGGACUUUGUCAUGUUUUGCGCGACAAAUACUGCCAUUUUCGAGAUGUACCAAGCCUCUGCAGAAACAGAUACCCUCAAGAAGCCAAGGAACGUAUGUUGAUAUUGAUGAUAAUAUAACCGGACUAAAUGACGACCAGAGGCAGCUCAGAGAAUCCGUUUUUCGGUUUGUCCAGGAUGAGCUUGCACCCAAAGCUGCCGAGAUCGAUGCCAAAAACACAUUUGAAGGACAGCGGGAAUUUUGGAGGAGGUUGGGCGACAUGGGUCUUCUGGGUUUGACUGUCCCUGAGGAGUACGGCGGAACCGGAGGUACCUAUUUAGACCACUGCAUCGUCAUGGAGGAGGUGACAAGAGGUUCUGGUGCCAUAGGCCUGAGCUACGGUGCUCACUCCAAUCUCUGCGUCAACCAGAUUGUGCGCAAUGGCAGUGAUGCCCAGAAGCAAAAAUACCUCCCCAAGCUGAUCACUGGUGAACACAUUGGAGCUUUAGCCAUGAGCGAGGCGAACAGCGGCUCGGAUGUCGUCUCGAUGAAACUCAGGGCAGAAUGUAAAGGGGAUCAUUACUUACUGAAUGGGACAAAGUUCUGGAUCACCAACGGUCCUGAUGCUGACGUUUUGAUCGUCUAUGCUAAGACGGAUCUGUCAGCUGAAGCCAAGCACGGAAUUACAACAUUCAUCAUAGAAAAGAACUUUGAGGGCUUCAGCACGUCGCCAAAACUGGACAAGUUGGGCAUGCGGGGUUCCAACACAUCGGAGCUCGUGUUUGACAACUGCAAAGUGCCGGUUGAGAACGUAAUGGGCCCCCUGAACAAGGGUGUGUACGUGCUGAUGAGCGGACUGGAUCUGGAGAGAUUAGUUUUAGCCGGAGGACCAGUGGGUCUGAUGCAAGCUUGCAUGGACGUCACUGUCCCCUACUUGAUGACCAGAACAGCCUUUGGAAAACCAAUCGGUGAAUUCCAGCUCAUGCAAGGCAAGAUGGCGGACAUGUACACACGGUUGAACGUCUCUCGGUCAUACAUGUACAACGUGGCGCGGGCAGCGGAUAAGGGUUUCGUCAGUGCCAAAGAUUGCGCAGCGGUGAUUCUGUACACAGCGGAGAAUGCCACCCAGAUGGCUUUGGAUGCUAUUCAGUGCUUAGGCGGGAAUGGUUACAUCAAUGACUACCCCACUGGAAGACUGUUAAGAGAUGCCAAGCUGUAUGAAAUAGGGGCGGGAACAAGCGAGAUAAGGAGGCUAAUUAUUGGCCGAGCUCUAAAUGCCGAGUAUAAAUGAGCUUUGAAUAUUCAUGCUUCAUGGGUGUCUCAAUGCUGAUUGCUUGAAAGUAUCAUGUAUGAACAAGGGGGCGGAGCUUAUGGGAUAUCUGCAGGGAUCAUGUUGGUUGUUCUAGAUGUGCUUUAUUUUUUGUAUUCAGAAAGACACUUGUUUCUCCUCGUAACCAGUUGUUUGCAUGGCUAGUAUAUUAAUCACUUGCCAAUGGUAUUUUAACACCACAACUUUGUCCAAAGUGCAGUAUUGCUUUACGAAAAUGACAACUUUGUAGGUGACAAGACACCAGAAUCACAGUCGUUUUCACAAUUGGACUUUACAAACACUGAACCUUGGCAGUCAUUCUUUCAACACUCGGGCGACUUUUUUUACCAUUUCAUCAUAUUUAUUAAGACCCAGAGACAGUCUCGCAGAGCGUUGAUUUUCUAUGAUCGAAUGCCCAGCCGUGGCCCAUGGCUGCUCUGCUGGAGUCUACCAGAAUCACUCAGCGAGCAGACAAGCACGGACGUCACCAGGCACUGCCAACUAAAAAGAGGAUGAAAAUUGGCAAUUCCAACGAAAAUGUCUUUGAAAUUUGCUGGUGCUGAGUGCUUUGCCCCCUGAAAAAAAUCCUACCCCGCGACGGCCACGGCUGUUAAAGAUGUUUUAAGUUUUUCUGCAUGACAGUUAUUUUGUUUCCUUCAGGAAGGGAUGCCGGUAUAUUUUCCUUUUCGUGUGACAUGUCCGAUUGCGACGAACUAGUAACCUUAAAAGAAGUGCCAAAAUGGCCUUUUAUGUUUUUUAUUUAAAACUCUAGUAGGAGUCUUCGGUAAGUUCGGACAACUGAAAAAAGAGCCGACAGAUGUACAUCUAUUUGUAAUCAUGAUCGAGCCUGAAUCGUCAAUUACACAUUGUUCCAAGCACGUGGAAUUUAUUUCUUGGGAGGUGAAAGAUUCGCCAGUUGCUUUGUGGGUAUGAAGAGUGAGGAAGUCGAUGUGGAAGACAUUGGUAAUUCAGAGAUUUUUUACUUGUCAGAUUGAAAUUAAAAUCUUAAGAAUCCUGAAGAAAAACCGAGAUGGUUCUUGUACAGUGUACUACGUUUCCACUUAUCGUUCACGGGGAACACGGAGGGGACAGAAGGAAUGAUCGAAAAAGAAACAGUGGUAAUAACCUCACUCUGUAAAAAAGUUAUUCAUUUGUAAAGUUGGAAAAAUGUAUGUCAAAUUACAUGUAUUUGAUAUAAUAAAGACAGGAAUAUAUUGGAUAACUUGAAAGCUCAAAA